GUUUUUUUGGAUUUUUUUCAUUCUUUUUUUUCUAUUUUAUUUGUUCUUCGACUUUACAUCCAACUUGAUCUAAACACGUUUUUAUUGAUACUACAUGUCUCUUACCGAACGACCACGACCACGCACAUCAUCAACUGCGAGCAUGGACGGACGGGAGACACGUCGUGAAUUACCCCAAGAUCAACCUAAAUCGUUCGUCAUGCGUUGGUUUCGCGAACCAUUGGAACGACUGUUUCCAGGCAUGACGGCCGAUCAACUAGGCGACGUAUUUCAAAAAUUCAAUGUGGCCAAUAUCCUGUUCUGCUACUGUAUACCCUUUUUCUACGUCUUUUAUCCUGCCUUGCUCAUGCCGGCCAUCUUUUUGCGAUCGUUAUCACUGGUGGUGGGUUGGCUGUAUCGUCUUGUUCUCACGCACCAUCAUGCUACAUUUGGACCAAAACGGUCCAGUCCAAAACCCAACAUGCAACGGGCUUCGUCUUCGUACAAAUUGAAUCCUCCCGACCCAGAACCGUCGUCUGAUAAUGAAAUGAAUAACAUGUAUUUCUGGCUUCAACGAUGCUCCAUUUGUCUUGAUCAGACCUACUCUCUUUGUCUCGAAUCGUGUCGCGAUCAAUUCUGCAAAGAUUGUUUUGCCCGAUACGUGGAAGAAACAGUCAAUGCAUCGUGGGGAUUAGGGAUCACAAGAAUUCAAUGUCCAGUGUGUAAAGAUCCUAUUCCUGUAAGCGAGUGGAGUCGUUAUGUGUCACCCAAGAUUGUCAACAAGUAUCAGCAAUUCAAUCAACCUUACCGAUCGUUUGCUCGUCAUUGUGUAUCUUGCGAUAUAGCCGUCACACCAUGUCUCGCGCCGCACAAUCAAGACACACCGCUUGAAAACCGUUUAAACCGUAUUUUGGAAGAUUUGGAUGAGAUGGAAACCCGGUUGGACAAUGGAAAGGAUAAACUUGCGGCGGCCAAGGAGGUGUUUCGGCAAGCUUGCCAAAAGGGGAUGAAAUUCCGCAUUGGACGCGUUCAGGACUUGUACAACCUCAUUAUUCCAGUACUCUGUCGGUUGGUGCACGAUGAACCUCAACUGUACGCUCAAGCGUCCCACAUUUCCAAGCAAUUAGUGGCUUUGGAAGUCGUACCGGAAGCGUGGAAACAAACUCAGUUUUGGCAUAUUGCCAACUUCCCUAUUGAACCUUGUUCAACAUGCGGUCAAACCAUAUGCUUACAUUGUGGCGGUGACUCGCACAAGGGAAAUUGUCUCGAUCAUUUACGUUGUCAGCUCAUGGAGAUCAGUGACGAAGAAGGAUUAGCCACCAUCCAAUGGAAAUUAGAUCACACCCGAUCGUGUCCUAAUUGUCACGUCAUGAUUAAUCGGGAUGAAGGAUGCAACAAAGUGGAUUGUUUAUUUUGCGGAUAUCGAUUUUGUUGGAAAUGCGGAUGUGGUUGGUCACAGCAAAAAUGCGGAUUUUAUCAGUGCGGUAAACAACAAGCACAACAAGAAAAAGAAGAAGAAGAAGAAACAAGCUCCAUGGGAGAACCUGGCAUUAUGAAUAGCAAGGUGGAAUUGGGUGUUCCUGAUAUGAGUGCAAUCGAUGCACGGCGUCAUGCAUAUUGAGGCUCUCCUUUGUUCACGACGGCAUGAAUGGUUGUAUAUAGCUGCAUAGGGUCAUCCGAUCCCGAAUUCAAAAAAAAAAAGAAAAUCUCAUCCACACCUCCUCCUCCCCGUCCUUCCUUCCUUCUCCUCCAUUUAAACCCCCCACAUCAUCCUACCAUGAGGGUUGAUAUUGUACAAAAAUGAAUCAUUUCCCAU